GGGGACCGUGGAGCGCGUGCUCCCGCACGUGCGACGGCGGCGUCACCCUCCAGUCCCGCCGGUGCUCCAGGUUCGGAUGUGUGGGCGAGAGCACGCGCUCGCGCAUCUGCAACAUGCAGCCGUGCCCGGAGCACGUGGACUUCAGGGCCACGCAGUGCUCGGAGUUCGACCAGGUGCCCUACCGGGGACGCCUGUACGAGUGGACGCCUGUGCACGACGCCAGCGACCCGUGCAGCCUCACCUGCCAGGCCAGGGAGUUCAAGUUCAUGGCCAAGCUGGCGCCCCGGGCCCAGGACGGCACGCGCUGUCGCCAGGGGGCCCUCGACAUGUGCGUCCAGGGAAAGUGCCUGCCCGUCGGCUGUGACUUGGAGCUCGGCUCCUACCUCGAGGUGGACGAGUGCGGCAUUUGUGGAGGCAACGGGACGUCCUGCCGAGCACCUGCCUUCACCUGGUCCGAGACGCCCUUCUCGGAGUGCUCGGUGACGUGUGGUGGGGGCUUCCAGGAGAGUCAUCCUGUCUGCACGUCUUCGGACACUGGUUCUGAAGUAGACGACCGGUUGUGCAAUGUCGACGAGAGGCCCGACUCUCGGGUCCGAAAGUGCAAUGGCAAUCCCUGUCCCCCUGGGUGGCAGAUGGGCGCUUGGGGCGACUGCAGCGCCUCGUGCGGCGGCGGCCAGCAGGUGCGCAACGUAUCGUGCGUGCGCCCCACGGUGCCCCCCGUUCCAGUGGCAGAGCACUUCUGCCCCGGCCAGCGACCCGCAACGUCUCAAAGCUGUAACCUCCACGACUGUUCCCGCUGGACGGAGGGCCAGUGGUCACAGACACGGGCGGUGGAGUGCCGUGACCUCCGCGGCCGCAAGAGCCACCUGUGCGACCCGAAGCGCAAGCCUCGAUCCAAGCAACAGUGCUCCGCGGGAAACCCCUGCUUCUCCAAAGGUAAAGAGUAUGGAUCGCAAGAGGACGCACCGCCCCAGAGUUUCCCGCCCUUCAACAUCUUCUCCAAACCACAAAACCAGUCACCGGGGUCGGAACCGAGCUUCAUCGUCGGAGACUGGGGAUCCUGUAGCGUCACGUGCGGCGAUGGAGUCCAGAAGCGCGCCGUGGAGUGCAAGAUCUUCCUGGAGUUCUCUAGAACGAUGGCGAAGCUUCCGGACAAGGAGUGCACAGGAAUCCGACCGGCCGAACUGCAACGUUGCACGAUGAGACCGUGCGCCAUGGACCAGAACCGCGAGGCUCUGACAGAGGAGGAACCAACGGACCAAGGAGUCGUCACAACGUAUUCGUGGAGGAGCGCCGGUUACACUCCGUGCACGGCGUCUUGCCUCGGAGGUAUUAGAGAGUCACUGGUCCACUGCGUUCGUAACGAAGACGGAGUUCCUGUCAGCUACAUCCAGUGUGACAUCAGAGACAAGCCUGAAACAAUCACCCAGACCUGCAAUAACCGGCCCUGUCCCCCUAGGUGGAACACGUCCGACUUCACGGCGUGCAGCAAGCCAUGUGGCGGUGGUUCCCAGACGCGCACCGUGCAGUGCGUGCACGAGGUGACCCGGGGUGUCGGAAACACCCUGGUGGUACCAGACACCCACUGCCCGCUGCCACGCCCGGCCGAACACCGCAUGUGCAACAUGGUUGACUGCGUCGCGCACUGGACUGCCGACAGGUGGGCCAAGUGCUCCAAGAGCUGUGACGGCGGGGUGAAGACGCGCAAGAUUCACUGUCAACGGGAACUGGCCUACGGAACGCUGGCGGACCUGCCGCCGUCAAAGUGUGCCUCGAAGAGAAAGCCCCGUACUGUGAAGCCCUGCAACACCAAGCCCUGCCGCAGGGGAAACCCCAGUUCAGUGCAGGGCGGACCUAAGCGAAAGGUGUCCCUGAUAGCCGAAGGAAAGGCUUCCGUCUUCCGAGGAACGACGCUCAAAAUACGCUGCCCAGGUGUUGUCGCCAACACUUCGUCUGACACAAGCAGUCGUGCCAAGUGGCUCAAGGACGGCCUCCCCGUCAAGACCUCCUCGAGACGGGUGGUCGUGUCGCGAAAGGGAGGCCUGCGGAUCAGGAAGGCGGACUUCCCAGACGCUGGCACCUACGUCUGCUCCACGGGAACCUCCAAGAGCGAGCUCGUGCUUUCCAUCCGACCGCUCUCCUCGCCACCUCCCGACACUUCACAAGGACUUCCCUUUGACGUGCUCAAGGGACAGAAAGCAGACGGUGCUACUUUUGCUUCGAAAGGUCACCACCCCAACGGAGUUGGCUUGAAGCCAGCCAAAGGAGCUGAUCUGCCGUCGUACAUCAACAGUGUCGAAGACGUGCAGACGAACAAGGAACAAACUCUCUCCCAGGACACAAAGCUGGACCGAGCAACCUCCUCCGACGUGGACCAAACCGCCUUCAAGGUGGACCUCGCUUCGGACCAAGAACGCAACGAUCAAGGACUCCGAGAGGUGAAGGGGACCCUCGAAGAUCCGACAGUCAACUCGGGUGCAUCUAGUCGGCCCGGUGGAAACAUUCCGCGCAUCCAGACACUGCUGUCGGACUUUCACCGGCGGCUCGGCGGCAGUAGUGGUGGCAGAGACAGCGCGGUCAGGGGCACUGUCGAACUCCCGCCCGACGACGAGGACCAGCUGGGCGUGCCCAACAGCUACGUUCUCGGGCGUGGGAAUGCAGACAACCUCCAGUUCGAGUGGUCCACGACUCCCUGGUCCGCCUGCUCACAAACGUGCGGAGGCAGCGGACUCCAGGUGCGUUCCACACAGUGCAUGGUGCGGCUCCACAACGUCUCUCGAACCGUGGACAGCACGCUGUGUGCCGGUCUCGAAGCCCCCCAGAUCCUGCAGCGCUGCGGUUCGGCAGGGUGCCCACUCUGGGUCACCGGAAGCUGGUCCCAGUGUUCCGACGGCCGCUGCUUCACGCUGAGCACGUCGGUGCAAGAGCGCCUGGUGGAGUGCCGGCUUCCCGACGGCACCCCAGUCGACGAGAAGUUGUGCGACGCCUCGACGCGCCCGCAGGACCAGCAGGAGUGCCUCAGCGAGCGCUGCCGCGGCGUCUGGAAGGUUGGAGACUGGUCAGAGUGCACGGCGACGUGCGGUGAGAGUGGUUUCCGGACGCGGAUCCUGCGCUGCGUUUGGUACGGCACCGACAAGCCGGCCGGAGACUCCUGCCGCAAUCAGGACCGGCCCGAAGUGCUCCAAGGCUGCGAUGCUCCCCCUUGCAACGCCACCAGGCAGACAUGCGAAGACCACUCCAUCAAGUGUCACAUGAUCCGCCGCUUCAGCAUGUGCCACAUAAACAAGUACCACGACCUGUGCUGUGCCACCUGCGAGCGCAGCUAAGCUCUCUACCAAGGUGCAAGUUUGCCCCUGUGCCCCCUCCCCACCCCCCUUGCCCCCCCAGCAACGAAGAGGGUCACGUGACUCUUUUGUGUACCAACUGCAGUGCCCCAAACUGAGAUUUUAAGUUGCAGAGGUGCUUCGUAGCUCGUCGCGGCAUGCUGCAAACUUAUGAAAAUCCCGUCGCGAGUUUGAUAGACUGCUUGAAGCUUUCCAAGCGCGUAAAGAAGACCAUUGUUGCCGAGCCAUUACGUUACGACAACUUCGCGUCAAGCGAGGCGAGCCCGUGCAGUUGCGAGAGGUGUGUUCAUAGAAACAUCAACUACUUGAAUCAUUUCUUGGACGCUGUUUUGUUGACAGACAUUUGCAUUCAAUGUUAAGUGCAGGCAAUACCUCGUACCAAUAAGAAUUUAAUGACCCAAAUUAAUACUUGGGGUACUGAGGUACAUGGAUCGACUUCGAAACGUCCCGUAAGCUUCCACAUGAAGUAGGUCAAUGAAAUGACUGACUCUCUAUGAAACGUCACGACGGAAAGCGGUUCAAUGCAACGAUGGACCACGAAGGAAACCGGCCAGUCUCUAAAAUUGCAGCGUGAGGUAAGGUAAAAUGAAGGUGAGCCAUGCCCAUAACCAGUGUAACUCCGCAAUGCGCAUCCUUUUCAGCUUACAAUGACGAAACAGUUGUUUGCGUGCGACACAAUCUUGCAGGAGUGUACUGCUUACCUUCGCGAGAUCACUGCAGUUAUCAGAGGUGUUGACUUUGCACUGCUUUGUGGGGCAUUACUCCCAGAAAAAACUCUUUCUGAAACGGGUAGGCAGCUAGAAGACAAAGAAUGUGUGACUGCCAUUUUGUGUUUCUUUAGAACACGAACAAACACAAUUCCACUUUUGUUUUCUUACAAUUUAAUGUCACUAGUAUGCUCGUCUUUUUUUCUUGUAGUAUAGUAUAUUUUUCUGAUGUUACAUUUUUAAAUAGGCAAAGAAAAAAAAAAUCAUUUGCCAUAAUCUUGUACAUUCCAAACUGUCUUUACAUUACAUAUACUGUCAAUGUUUUUAAGAAUUUGUGCAUUUUGUAUUGAACAUUAUAUUGUUUGUCCUCAGUGGUGCGAAAAAAUUAUUCCCAACAAGCAAUAUAAAAUAUACUCACGAGAUGAUAUACAAGUUUGGUAAAUGAAUUAUUCCACACAAUUCCACCAGAGAAAAGCUAAUACUUAAAAAUAGCCUCUAUUUUUUUUUUUUUUAUCUCGCAGCUUUGAGUUGUGAUGCUUUAUAAAAACAUGGCGGAUUACAAUUUUGUAAAAAAAAAAAAAUUAACUACAAAGCCUAGAUACCAGAAAUGGAUGACCCAAAUAGAACAAAUUACUUUACAAGCAAGUUCAUAUCAGCAUUUGGGUGUAUCAACCUUAAUAACUUUUGAUGUGAUAUUUAUUUGUUGUUCAGUGCAAAUGCUUUCUAGAAUAUGUUUAGAACAAUCAUAAUGUUCAUUAUAUGCAGAAACUAGCCCCAUAACUUAGUUUUUAUCCAAUCAACACAUUCCAUUGCAUAAUUGUGUUCACUUCCUUUACCUUUCAGUAGUUCGCAGCGUGCACAAUGUAAAGAUGACUGUCAAAAUCGUGCUCGCCAUUUGUUGGUUGUGCCGUCCCUUUUCCUUUCUGUGCUUACUUUAUUGUGUUCCAGCUAUAGUAUGUAGCUUGUCAACACUGCCAUGUGACUACACAAUUUAAUGUAAGUCAAGAAAACCUCAAACCUUGACUGUAAAUCUCCCAAUGAGACCCACCGCUCCAAGUAAACAUUCCCAGUGUUAAUCAUGACAUGUAGUUUCCCGUUUUCUUCUGUUGUACAAUUCAUAGGCUCGAUCAACAGACAGGCACCAUUUCGUCUGUUAUACAAUGUCCUGUUAGAGAUACCCAAUAAACUACAAAUAAUGUAAAGAAAUAUUUACUGGCAGCUUAACAAGUAUUUAACAUUAAUUCCUCUCAACUCGUAAUUGUGACAUUAUCAGUGUUUAUGGUAAUGUUUCUUUGUAUAGCAGUUUGGCACUUGUGUGAACAUAUACCUUGAAUCAAAAUGACAUUUGGAGCCAUGUUACGAGUUGCAUGAAAGAUGUGUGCCAGUCUGGGUGGUUACUCGCAGUGCAUGUUUUUUUUUACAUGUUACAUACCCACACUUCUCCGUUACGUAAAGCUUGAGACAAGUUAGCAGCAGUGAAGGGAAUGUACAGGCAGAGUCACUGGUUCACGCCCACAAAGCAAUAAGUUGUGUGUCUGUGAGAUGUUAUUUAUGGAUCUCGUAGUGCCAAUAAAUUAUGAGCUAGAAGAGUG